AUGAACCAGACCUUCUGGAAAACCUACAAAUCCAAAGUGCUACAGACCCUGAGUGGGGAAUCUGAGGAAAACCUGGCUGAGGAGAAGGAGAACCCAGCUUUAGUGGAGACAGCAGAACCAACCCCAGAGGCCUUCAAUCCUAUGUCACAGCUGGCCCGUCGGGUUCAGGGGGUCGGGGUGAAAGGUUGGCUGACUAUGUCAUCUCUGUUUAACAAAGAAGAUGAGGACAAGCUGCUGCCACCGGAACCCUGUGCUGACCACCCGCUAGCGGCGCGGCCCUCCUCGCAGGCUGCGGCGGCGGAGGCGGAGCCGCGCGGGCCGGGAUUCUGGGACGCAUUUGCCAGCAGGUGGCAGCAGCAGCAGGCGGCUGCAGCGUCCAUGCUGCGCGGCUCCGAACCCACCCCAGAGCGGGACCCCGAAGCCGGGGACGAGGCCACGGAGGAGGCCACAGAGGAGGCCACGGAGGAGGCCGCCCAGCGCCCCGAGCCGCAGGAGGCCGACGCGGCGGCCGACUUCAAGUGGGGCUUCCUCACUCACAAACUGGCCGAGAUGAGAUUGAAGGUUGCGCCCAAAGGUGACUAG